UCUUUUGUAUACGCAGUAGAAAAGUUGAAAGCAGAGUGUUUAAUAAAAUAAAGAAAAUAAAUGUCGCGACAACUUGUUAUAACACAGUUUAUAUAACAUUUUAUGGAGAUUUUUUUUUUUUUUUCAUAAAUUCUUUAUUACAAAGGUUUAAUUGAAUCAUUUAAAUCAUUUUUACAUAAACAUUCUAACAUUAGAAAUUAAAAAGUUGUCGGCGUUAAUGUUAAAGUAAAAACACAUUUUAACGUAAGAAUGUGUCUUACCAACAGUACUAAAGUAUCAAAGCAUCUAGUUGUUAUAAUUUGAUCCAACAAUGAAAUCAUCAUUGCACACGUUGUUAAACAAUGCUUUUUAUACUCCUAUACCAACUUCAUUUUUUAAUCGUACUAUACCUAGUUCUGACAGUUCAUUGGCAUCUAUUUCCGUUAAUCGGUCGUCAUUUUAUAUACCUGCAAUUAUUGGUGGCGCAUUUCUUAGCAUUAUAACAAUAGCAGGAAAUCUUUUGAUUAUUUUGGCAUAUUUUAGAAACGAAAAAAUUAGAAGCAUAUCAAACGUUCCAAUACUUUCAUUGGCAUUUACAGACAUGUUCAUUGGAUUUCUUCCUGUAACCAUGAACAUUAUGGAAAUGUCUAUGGGGUACUGGCCUCUGGGAAAAGAAUUUUGUAAUGUGGCACUUGUUUUAGAUUACGUGUCAAUUCAGUCUUCAAUAAAUCAUAUUGUUUUAAUUAAUUUUGAUCGGUAUCUUUCAAUAAGAUCUCCAAUGAAACAUCGAUUACACCAAAAAACAUCAAAAGUCAUUACUAAAUUAUUCACAGUGUGGUUAAUAGCUGUAAUAAUAUGGGUACCAUAUAUUAACAUUUAUAAACACAAGGUAAGGAGCAGCAAUUUAGAUGAUAGACAAUGCUACAAGCAGUUUUCUAAAGUUCAAGAUUUUAACUUUAAAAGAUACGCUUCUAUUACAACGUCAUUAAUAGGAUACUUUCUACCGCUCGGAAUCGUAAUUAUAACUUACUGGAAAAUGUAUUUUAUUGUUAGACAACAACUCUAUGAAGUGCCUAAAUUUUGUCAUGCUAUAAAUGCUGAAAAUAAAUUUUCUGCAGAAACGACUAAGUGGAAACAGCCACCUCCAUUGUCCGAUGAAAUGCCAGAUAAUACUGGCGAUAUGCAAAAAAAUCUAGAUUUAAUAAAGAAACGAAAGAGAAUACUUAGACAUAAAAAAGCAUUGCGUAUGAUUGCAAGCAUUAUAUCAGCUUUUGUAAUUACUGGGUUACCUCUUAAUGCACAAUGGCUAUUGGUUGGCAUGUGCACAUCAUGUUAUAACAAAACAUUAUUCGACAUAUUUAACUUUUUAACAUAUCCAAAUUCUACAGUUAAUCCUUUUCUUUACGCAUACGUAAGUCGAACAUUUCGUCUAGAGUUUAAAAAGUUAUUACUCUGUAAAUUUUUAAGAAAUUAUUUUUCUGAUUCUAAAGAAAAACACGUCAAUUAUCGUGUAAACUAUAAUGCAAAAGAACUAUCAAGAAGCGAAUCGACGUAAUUUACGUGAGCUUAUUCAUGUUAAAGGAACAAUCACUAAACGAAUCAGCGUAACUUACAUGAGUGUAUUUACGUUAUAGAUUGAAUUUUACUUGAGCAUUCCAGUAGGCACGCGUCGUCGGGGGGACGUUUUCGGACGUCCGUAAGACGUCUGACGACGUUCACCGGACGAAGCAUGCCCAUUGGGAAGCGUUUUAAUUUAAUUCAUGUUAUAGCAUGCAAUUUAAACGAGAACAACAACUCAUACAUGUACAAACAUAUCAUUUUCUGAAAAGAAUCAAAAAAAAAUUUUUUUUUGAAAAAUAUUAUUUAAUUUAUUUAGCUUUUGAAUCAUAACUAUUUUGUAAUUUUUC